ACUGGACAAUUGUCCUUGAGUUGGGCGCCGUCAAGAGGCUUGAGAAGUAGUGGUAGCUAAGCCCUUUCAGAAUUCAUUUCGAGUAAUUAAUUAUCUUUGUGAAUAAACUAUGUGGUAUGAAAUUGUCCCGUCGCUUGCUAUUAUAACUGGAUUAAUCGCUGCUCUUCCACCUUUGAUACAUGUAACCAGUUAUGCAUGUUUUCGUAGAUGGUCUCCACCGGAUUUAUUUAAAUUUAAACAAGAUUUCUAUUUACAUCUACGUGAUAAAGAUCUUGAAGGACCACUUUUAUUUCAAGAAUUAGACUACAUUAGACAUGAAUAAAGAAUGAAAUUCUUUUUUGCAAUGAAUAUAUAUGCGUGACUCACUCACUCAUUUUCUCUCGUUCUCUCUAUACAUAGACUAAAUUAGAAUAAAAAGGUUGAUUUAAACAAAUAUACUUCUUUUUUUCGUUUUUCUUCUUGAAUUCUCCAAUAAAAGAAAUCGAUCUUUGAA